AUGUCAGAUCCAAACAAAGCUGCCAUUGAAGCAGAAAAGGAGGCUCUAAACUUGAAGUUACCCCCCAUUGUUCAUCCCCCAAAAAACAUAGGUGUUGACACACCAGCACAAAGUAAGUUGCUAAACUACAGAAGAUCCAAGGAGCAGCAGAAGAAAAUUAAUCAGUUAGUAACUGAUGGAGCCAAAAUAAAUUUAGACAGGACAUUGGGUAAAAGAGCACCUCCAUUACCAGAGGUCAAUUAUCCUCCAACUAUGACCAGUGAAACUAAAAAAAAAGGAUUCAACUACAUUUACAUGAAGCAAUGUGUAGAAAGUAGUCCUAUAGUACCUAUUCAGCAGGAAUGGCUGGAUCACAUGUUAAUGCUGAUACCUGAGUCUUUAAAAGAAGGGAAAAAAAGAGAAGAACUCAUUGAAAGUCUCAUAAAUGAGGUGUCAAGUGACUUUGAAAGCAGCAUGAAGAGAUAUUUGGUUGAAAAAUAUAAUUGGCUCCUUGAUGGGACUGCAGUUGAGAUGAUAGAGACUUUUCAAGCAGAAGAUCAUACUUUUGAUGAAUAUACAGAGCUAAAGGAUCUUUUGAGGAGAACUGCAGAAGGAUUUGUAAAACUCUUUGACCCACAAGAUCAACAGGGGCUGCCAAUAUUUAAGAUGGAAUUGACGUUUGAUGAUGAUAAAAUGGAAUUUUAUCCUACUCUCCAAGAUUUGGAAGAUGUUAUUUUGAGUGUGGUAGAGCGAAUAGCUGAAGCUCUGCAGAAUGUCCAAACAAUACCUUCUUGGCUAUCAGGAACUUCAACACCUGUAAAUCUUGACACAGAACUUCCUGAACACGUGUUACAAUGGGCUCUCAGUACACUGAAAGUGGCAAUACAUCACAACUUAGAAGGUGCAAGAAAACAUUAUGAGACCUACGGCCUAGAUUAUUCUAAUCCCUGGCAUUCUAGCUAUGUGCAGGCAAGAAAUCAAAUAUUAUCUAAUUUGCACAUUGUUCAUCCAACUAUGAAAGUGUUACUGGACCUUGGUUAUACAACGUUUGCUGAUACAGUUUUGCUGGACUUAACAGGAAUUAGAGCUAAAGGCCCAAUUGAUUGUGAAUCACUGAAAACUGAUCUAUCAAUACAAGCUAGAAAGGCAGAAGAGAAGAUAAUGAAUACAUGGUAUCCGAAGGUUAUAAGUAUCUUUACCAAGAAGGAGGCACUAGAAGGCAUUAAACCUGAAAAAUUGGAUGCAUUUUAUAACUGUGUUUCCACACUUAUGUCAAAUCAGUUUAUAGAAAAAUUUUUCAGUCUUGCUUCAGAAAUAAUGCUUUUGCUUCAGUGGAUUCAUUACCCUAUGGUGCGUUUGGAUUGUGAAGAUUUGAAGACAGGCCUGACAAAUAAAGCAAAAGCCUUUGCAAACAUAUUAUUAAAUGACAUAGCUUCAAAAUAUAGAAAAGAAAAUGAAUGUAUUUGCAGUGAAUUUGAAGCAAUUAAAGAGCACGCUAUAAAAGUCCCUGAGACAACAGAAGAGAUGAUGGAUCUGAUAGCUUAUAUAGAAAAAGCCCGGACUGUAGGAAUUAAAGAGUUGAUUUCAAGGAUCAAGGAAUCCAAACGUCAAAUGAGUUAUUUUUUAGAUGUUUUUCUAUUUCCUCAAGAAGACUUAGCUUUAAAUGCAACCGUCCUCAUGUGGCCUGGGAAAAUUAAUCCAAUCUUUGAUGCAAAUGAUGAGCUCAUUGAGACUGCUAAACGUAAAAAAGAAAAUGAACUAAUAGCCAAGAGAGAGAAACUGAUUUUGGAAAUAGAAAAGGAAUCAUGCCGCAUGGAAGAAUUUACAGAAUUUGCAGAGCUGGAACGCAUGCAACAGUAUGUGACAGAUGUAAGACAACUACAAAAACGUAUUCAGGAAUCUGAAGAAGCAGUUCAGUUUAUUAAUAAGGAAGAGGAACUUUUCAAAUGGGAAUUGACAAAAUAUCCUGAACUGGAUAAACUAAAAGUUAACAUUGAGCCCUAUCAGAAGUUUUUUAAUUUUGUUUUGAAGUGGCAACGAUCAGAAAAACGAAGGCAUCUGUUUCUGCCAUGUUUGCUCCCCACUUGCACGGCGAGCCCUGCGGAGCGCCCGCGCAGAGUUCAUCCCCGCCAGCCCGCAGCUGGAGGCCCGCAGGAAAAUAUCCCUACUGUCUCCAUUCUGUGCAAUCCAGGAAUGAGAGCUCGUCACUGGAAACAGAUGUCAGAAAUUGUAGGCUAUGACUUGACUCCAGACUCUGGAACUACACUGAGAAAAGUUUUAAAAUUAAACCUUACACCAUACUUGGAACAAUUUGAAGUGAUAAGUGCAGGGGCAAGUAAGGAAUUUUCAUUAGAGAAAGCCAUGCGUACAAUGAUAGGAACUUGGGAUGACAUUGCUUUUCAUAUAAGUCUAUAUCGUGAUACUGGAGUCUGUAUUCUUUCUUCGGUGGAUGAGAUUCAGGCUAUCCUUGAUGAUCAAAUUAUAAAAACUCAGACAAUGAGAGGCUCACCUUUCAUCAAACCAUUUGAAAAGGAGAUCAAGGCCUGGGAGGACCGUUUGAUUCGAAUACAAGAAACAAUUGACGAAUGGUUGAAAGUUCAAGCUCAAUGGCUGUACUUGGAGCCCAUCUUUUGUUCUGAGGAUAUCAUGCAACAGAUGCCAGAAGAAGGGCGUCAGUUUCAGACAGUAGACAGACAUUGGAGAGAUAUCAUGAAGUUUUGUGCAAAAGAUCCAAAGGUUCUUGCUGCUACUUCUUUAACAGGUUUAUUGGAAAAACUGCAGAACUGUAAUGAACUUUUGGAGAAAAUCAUGAAAGGGCUUAAUGCAUAUCUUGAAAAGAAACGUCUUUUCUUCCCUCGUUUUUUCUUCUUAUCUAAUGAUGAAAUGUUAGAGAUUUUGUCAGAGACCAAAGAUCCACUUAGAGUUCAGCCUCAUUUAAAAAAAUGCUUUGAGGGCAUUGCUAAGUUGGAGUUCCUUCCCAAUUUGGACAUUAAGGCCAUGUACAGCUCUGAAGGUGAGCGAGUGGAGCUGAUUGCACUCAUUUCCACGUCGGCAGCGCGGGGUGCUGUGGAAAAGUGGCUCAUUCAAGUGGAAGAUCUAAUGCUCCGGAGUAUUCACGAUGUGAUUGCUGCAGCCAGACUGGCUUAUCCAGAAUCUGCAAGAAGAGACUGGGUUCGAGAGUGGCCUGGCCAAGUUGUACUUUGUGUUUCUCAAAUGUUCUGGACUUCUGAGACACAGGAAGUUAUAAGUGGUGGGCCAGAGGUAAAGCAUUUUUGAUAUAAACAACCACAUACUUUUCUCCAUUCCAUGUGUUUUAGUUUAUCUAUUCUUUGCAAAAAUCAUGUAUCUUAUUUUACUUUAUUCUUUUUAGGUGUCUCACAUGAUACAGAUUUCCAAUGGCUUGCUCAACUUCGAUAUUAUUGGGAAUAUGAUAAUGCUCGAGUUCGUAUCAUUAAUUGCAAUGUAAAAUAUGCUUAUGAAUAUCUUGGUAACUCACCUCGCCUUGUCAUUACUCCUCUAACUGACAGGUGUUAUAGAACGUUGAUAGGUGCCUUCUACUUAAACCUUGGAGGUGCCCCAGAGGGGCCAGCAGGCACUGGAAAAACUGAAACCACCAAGGACUUGGCUAAAGCUCUUGCUGUACAAUGUGUGGUGUUCAACUGUUCAGAUGGGCUAGAUUAUCUAGCAAUGGGAAAGUUUUUUAAAGGAUUGGCUUCUUCUGGUGCUUGGGCUUGCUUUGAUGAAUUUAAUCGAAUUGAGUUGGAAGUGUUGUCAGUGGUAGCUCAACAGAUCCUUUGUAUUCAGAGAGCCAUUCAACAGAAGUUGGAAGUGUUUAUUUUUGAAGGGACAGAACUGAAGCUCAAUCCAAAUUGUUUUGUAGCUAUUACCAUGAAUCCUGGCUAUGCAGGACGCUCUGAAUUGCCAGACAACCUUAAGGUUCUUUUUAGAACAGUGGCUAUGAUGGUUCCAAACUAUGCUCUUAUAGCAGAAAUCUCCCUCUACUCCUAUGGAUUUUUGAAUGCAAAACCUCUGUCUGUGAAGAUAGUAAUGACCUAUAGGCUUUGCUCAGAGCAGCUGUCAUCGCAAUUUCAUUAUGACUAUGGAAUGCGAGCAGUGAAAGCAGUUUUAGUGGCUGCUGGAAACCUAAAACUAAAAUACCCAGAUGAAAAUGAAGAUAUUCUUCUUCUUCGAUCAAUUAAAGAUGUAAAUGAACCGAAGUUUUUAUCACAUGAUAUACCUUUAUUUAAUGGAAUAACUAGUGACUUAUUUCCUGGUAUUAAACUUCCUGAAGCUGACUAUCAUCCAGCUACUGUAAGCCGUUGUGGCAUGAUUUAUUUGGAGCCCUCACAGUUAGGAUGGAAACCGCUUGUGUCUUCAUGGCUGAAUUCAUUGAAAGGACCUCUGUGUGAACCAGAACAUCAAGCUCUUCUGGGAAAACUUUUUGACUGGUUAAUACCGCCCUCUUUAAGGUUUCAUAAUCGCUAUAAGUUAAAAAUAUUUUUCCACCAACAGGCUUGCUUUAUAUUCUCUUUGAUUUGGUCUAUUGGAGGAAGUUGCGAUACAGACAGUCGUGUUAUUUUUGAUAAUUUCAUACGAUUAAUCAUACUGGGAAAAGAUGAUGAAAACCCAUUGCCAGCUUCUGUGGGUAAAUGGGAAUGCCACUUUGAUGAGAAAGGCCUGGUCUAUGACUACAUGUAUGAGGUAUGACAUAAAAGACUUGUUACAAUAAGACAUAAAACACAAGCCUUGGAUCAGCAGACAAAUCUCCUGGGUUUUCAUCCUAGAGUUAUUUUGACUCCUGUGGUGGUAAAAAUGCCAUUGCUUUUUGUGGGUCCAACGGGUACAGGAAAAUCAGUGUAUGUGAAGGAUAAGCUAAUGAAUCACUUGGAAAAGAACCAGUACUUUCCUUUCUAUGUUAACUUCUCUGCGCGGACCAGUGCCAAUCAGGUUCAGCAGUUUUAUAGAUAUCCCUUCCGCUCCUCCCACAUCAAUUUCCUGGUGAUAUGGUAUGAUCUUAAGGACACAAGUAAAAUUACUUUGGUUGACAUAGAACUGAUUGCUGCAAUGGGUCCUCCAGGUGGUGGGAGAAAUCCGGUCACUCCUCGUUUUAUUCGACAUUUCAAUGUCUGUGGUAUUAAUCCUUUUAGUGACGAAACUAUGAUUCGAAUCUUCUCGUCGAUUGUAGCAUUCUACCUCAGGACUCGUGAAUUUUCUCCAGAGUACUUUGUAACUGGGAACCAGAUAGUCAGUGGGACUAUGGAGGUAUAUAAACAAUCCAUGGAAAAUCUCUUGCCUACUCCCACAAAAUCUCAUUAUACUUUCAACUUGCGUGAUUUCUCGCGUGUCAUCCGGGGCUGCUUACUCAUUGGAAGAGAUGCUGUGAAGAGCAAGCACACUAUGAUCCGUCUCUUCGUGCAUGAGGUCCUCCGAGUGUUUUAUGAUCGCCUUAUUAAUGAUGAUGAUCGAAACUGGCUGUUCAAAUUAACCAAAACUGUUAUAAAGGACCAUUUUAAAGAAUCAUUUGAUAUUAUCUUUUCACAUUUGAGGAAAGAGAAUGCACCAGUAACUGAAGAGGACUUAAGAAAUCUCAUGUUUGGUGACUAUAUGAAUCCCGACCUUGAAGGAGAUGAUAGAGUUUAUAUUGAAAUUCCAAAUAUUCAUCGUUUUAGUGAUAUUGUGGACCAAUGCUUAGAUGAAUAUAAUCAAACUCACAAAACAAGAAUGAAUCUUGUCAUUUUUAGGUAUGUUUUGGAACAUUUAUCAAGAAUAUGUCGAGUUCUAAAGCAGUCUGGUGGAAAUGCUUUGCUUGUUGGACUUGGAGGGAGUGGUCGUCAGUCUUUAACUCGUCUGGCUACAGCCAUGGCAAAAAUGCAGAUUUUCCAGCCAGAAAUUUCUAAGAGCUAUGGUAUGAAUGAGUGGAGAGAGGAUAUGAAGGCUCUGUUAAGAAAUGCAGGCAUGAGGGGCCAGAAGACAGUCUUUCUAAUCACAGACACUCAGAUUAAAGAAGAAGCUUUUCUAGAGGAUAUUGACAGUGUACUCAAUACUGGAGAAGUGCCUAACAUUUUUGCAGCAGAUGAAAAACAAGAAGUGAUGGAGGGUGUUCGCCCAGUAGCCCAGGCUGGCAAUAAACAUGAUGAACUCAGUCCCUUAGCCCUGUUUGCUUUCUUUGUGAAUCGCUGCAAAGAUAAUCUUCAUGUCGUAGUGGCCUUUAGCCCCAUUGGAGAUGCCUUUCGAAAUCGCUUGAGACAGUUCCCGUCCCUCAUCAAUUGCUGUACCAUUGACUGGUUUCAGUCAUGGCCUGAAGAUGCUCUUGAACUUGUAGCUGUGAAAUUCUUAGAAACAUUGGAGCUUACUGGGGCUGAACGAGAAGAAAUAGUUCCAAUCUGUAAACACUUCCACACCUCUAUUAUGGAUCUUUCAGAAAGAUUCUUGCAAGAGUUAGGACGACAUAACUAUGUUACUGCUACGUCUUAUCUUGAACUUAUUGGCUCAUUUCGACAGCUUUUGACUAAAAAGCGACAAGCUGUCAUGGAAGCAAAGCAACGAUACGUAAAUGGGCUUGACAAAUUAGCUUUUGCUGAGUCUCAGGUUGGUGAAAUGCAAAUUGAGCUUGUUCAAUUACAGCCCAAAUUGGAGGAAGCUAAAAUUGAAAAUGCACGUAUGAUGCAGGUUAUUGAGAUAGAAUCUGCCCAAGUGGAAGCAAAAAGAAAGUUUGUGAAAGUAGAUGAAGUGUUAGCCAGUGGGAAGGCUGAAGAAGCCCAAGCUCUCAAAAAUGAGUGCGAAAGUGACCUCGCUGAGGCAAUUCCAGCCUUGGAAGCAGCUCUGUCUGCACUGGAUACGCUUAAGCCAGCCGACAUUACAAUUGUGAAAUCAAUGAAGAAUCCUCCAUCUGGUGUUAAACUAGUUAUGGCUGCUAUUUGUGUCAUGAAAGAUAUAAAACCAGAAAAAAUUUCAGAUCCUUCAGGCACUGGAGGCAAGAUCUUAGAUUACUGGGCACCUAGCAAAAAACUUCUGGGAGAUAUGAAUUUCUUAAGAGAUUUGAAAGAAUAUGACAAGGACAACAUUCCAAUGAGUGUUAUGCAGAAGAUUCGUGGUGAAUACUUAACAAACCCUGAAUUUGACCCUCCUAAGGUUGCCAAAGCUUCUUCUGCAGCUGAGGGUCUAUGUAAGUGGAUCAUGGCUAUGGAGGUGUAUGACAGAGUUGCAAAGGUAGUGGCUCCUAAGAAAGCUCGAUUAACAGAAGCUCAGAAGUCUUUAGCUGAGACAAUGGAGAUUUUGAAUGAGAAGAGAGCAGAAUUGGCAGAAGUAGAACAUCAUCUGGAAAAUUUACAAAAGACAUUUCUUGAGAAAACGGAGGAAAAGGCUGCUUUAGAAGAUCAAGUGAAACUCUGUGCUAAGAAACUUGAAAGAGCCUCACAACUAAUUGGAGGACUGGGUGGAGAAAAAUCAAGAUGGGCUCAAGCUGCAGAUGAUCUUCAGAUAACAUAUGAAAAUUUAACUGGUGAUGUGUUGGUAUCAGCAGGAGUAAUAGCCUACCUUGGUGCUUUCACUUCCGGCUUUCGACAAACGUGUACGCAAGAUUGGAGCAUGUUGUGCAAGGAGAAAAAAAUUCCAUGUUCGGAAGAGUUCUUGUUGAGUAAGACCUUGGGUGAUCCAGUAAAAAUUAGAGCUUGGAAUAUUGCUGGAUUACCAACAGAUGCAUUCUCCAUAGAUAAUGGAGUGAUUGUUAAUAACUCUAGGCGUUGGCCUUUAAUGAUUGACCCCCAAGGUCAAGCCAAUAAGUGGAUCAAAAACUCUGAGAAAGAAAAUCAGCUUAGUGUUAUUAAGCUAUCAGAUUCAGACUAUAUGAGAACAUUGGAAAACUGUGUUCAGUUUGGAACUCCACUUCUAUUAGAGAAUGUUGGUGAAGAACUGGAUCCAUCUUUGGAGCCUUUACUACUUAGACAAACUUUUAAACAAGGUGGCAUUGAUUGUAUCAGACUUGGUGAAGUCAUAAUUGAGUAUUCCAUGGAUUUCAAAUUUUAUAUUACCACAAAACUGAGAAAUCCACACUAUAUGCCAGAGCUAGCCACAAAGGUGUCUUUGCUCAAUUUCAUGAUAACUCCAGAAGGACUUGAAGAUCAAUUACUAGGUAUCGUUGUUGCAAAGGAGAGGGCAAAGAAAGAGAUUGACUACCAGGAACUGAUGUUUCUUUUGACUGGAGGAGUAAGUCUUAAGAGUGCUGAGAAAAAUCCUGAUCCAAGUUGGCUGCAAGAUAAAAGCUGGGAGGAAAUUUGUCGUGCAAGUGAAUUUCCUGCCUUUAAAGAACUCAGGACGCAUUUUCGUGAACAUAUAUCUGAAUGGCAGGAAAUCUAUAACAGUAAAGAGCCACACAAUGCUAAAUUUCCAGUACCAAUGGACAGGCUAAAUGAACUACAGAAAAUAAUAAUUCUUCGGUGCUUAAGACCUGAUAAGAUAACCCCAGCUAUAACAAAUUAUGUAACUGACAAAUUAGGGAAAAAGUUUGUAGAGCCUCCACCAUUUGAUUUGACAAAGAGUUACUUGGAUUCAAAUUGCACCAUUCCGUUAAUUUUUGUGCUAUCUCCAGGAGCAGAUCCUAUGGCCAGUCUGCUGAAAUUUGCAAAUGAUAAAUCUAUGUCUGGAAAUAAGUUUCAAGCUAUUUCACUGGGGCAGGGACAAGGACCAGUUGCAACAAAAAUGAUAAAAGCCGCAAUAGAAGAAGGAACUUGGGUUUGCCUACAGAAUUGUCACCUUGCAGUGUCUUGGAUGCCCAUGUUGGAAAAAAUAUGUGAAGAUUUUAAUUCUGAAACCUGUAACUCAUCCUUUAGGCUUUGGCUCACAAGCUAUCCAUCUCCAAAAUUCCCAGUAACAAUUCUACAGAAUGGAGUAAAAAUGACUAAUGAACCUCCCACGGGUCUUCGGCUAAAUCUCCUUCAGUCAUAUCUCACUGAUCCAAUUUCUGAUCCUGAGUUUUUCAAGGGAUGCCAGGGAAAGGAACUGGCAUGGGAGAAGUUGCUGUUUGGAGUUUGCUUUUUUCAUGCCCUUGUGCAAGAGAGAAAGAAAUUUGGUCCUCUUGGUUGGAAUAUUCCGUAUGGAUUUAAUGAAUCAGACUUGCGCAUCAGUAUCCGACAACUACAGGCAUGGGAGAAGUUGCUGUUUGGAGUUUGCUUUUUUCAUGCCCUUGUGCAAGAGAGAAAGAAAUUUGGUCCUCUUGGUUGGAAUAUUCCAUAUGGAUUUAAUGAAUCAGACUUGCGCAUCAGUAUCCGACAACUACAGAAACUUCCAUUUACUCAACACCCUGAGGUAUUUGGAUUGCAUGAAAAUGUUGACAUCUCCAAAGAUCUUCAACAAACAAAAAUCCUCUUUGAGUCAUUGCUGCUUACCCAGGGAGGCUCCAAACAGACAGGAGCCUCAGGAAGUACUGACCAGAUUCUACUAGAAAUUACCAAAGAUAUUCUCAACAAGCUCCCUCAUGAUUUUGACAUUGAAGCAGCACUGAUGAAGUAUCCUGUGAGAUAUGAAGAGAGUAUGAAUACUGUGUUAGUACAAGAAAUGGAAAGAUUUAACAACUUAAUUAGAACUAUACGUAACACUCUACUGGACCUUGAAAAGGCUAUUAAGGGCGUAGUUGUAAUGGAUUCUGCAUUGGAGGCCCUCUCUGGCAGCUUACUUAUUGGAAAGGUUCCAGAAAUAUGGGCCAAACGAUCAUACCCAAGUCUUAAACCCCUAGGAAGUUACAUCACAGAUUUUCUAGCCCGGUUGAAGUUUUUACAGGUCUGGUGUAAUUCAGGGAAACCUUGUGUGUUUUGGCUCUCAGGCUUCUUUUUCACCCAAGCCUUCUUAACUGGAGCUAUGCAGAACUAUGCCAGAAAAUAUACCACCCCAAUCGAUUUACUAGGAUAUGAAUUCGAGGUACAUGGAUUGCUUGCUGAACAAUAUCCCAAACUUCUGUUUGACCUGAUGCCCAUCAUAUGGAUAAAACCAACUGAAAAGUCUCGUAUUAUAAAAUCGGAUGCCUAUGUCUGUCCCCUCUACAAGACAAGUGAACGUAAAGGAACCCUCUCUACUACAGGACAUUCUACUAACUUUGUCAUUGCAAUGUUGUUAAAAACAGACCAACCCACUCAACACUGGAUCAAGCGUGGGGUUGCUUUGCUUUGUCAAUUGGAUGACUAA